UCCUGACUUGUGAUCGGUUAACACAAUGAAACAGUGACCAUUACUCCAACAGAAAGAGAUUCACUGGAAGAGAAAGCUCUAGUGGUAUUAUGAAGAGUGUGAACCCUUUGUCCUCAAAGAAGAAUACCAGGGAGGAUGAGCAUGCUAGACUAAGAUCAACUGGCUCUCAACAUGAAUCAAUUAGAUCAAAACUUAAAAAUAUGGGUCCUAUAUGUAAGUCCAGAAAGGAGUCUGCUGCUGCUUUUCUCCAAUCAUCAAUAGAAGAAGAGAUUGAUCUUGAUAUGCAGUUUGGCGAGGAAAAAUGUUCUGAUGAUAGCACGUAUACGUGGUUGUCAUCAGAUUGCACAACCUUUUCAUCGUUUUUUGAAGAAUACAGACUGUCUAGUUCAUUUAAUCCUUCUAGUGAUGAGUUUUUAGGUUCAAGGUUGUCAUUGUUGGCCAAUUUAGGUAAUGAAUUAACUCCCUUUAACGAGUCUGCGAGAAAGCCUAUGGAAGAGGCAUCUUCAGCUCUUGAGAAUAUCAUUCCAGACGCAGAGAAGACUUUUCAGAACGAUUUGAAUGAAGCAAAUGUAGUUACAUGGCUAUUGAGCUCAACGGCAAGUGAUGCAAAUGCAAAUGAGUCCACUGUGAGACACUCUGAGAAUGCCGAGUGUCAGUCCUGUGAGAACUCCAAAAGUUGUGACAACCCUUCAAGUCCUUUUGGCACCAAGCCUGAUUCUUCUUCUCAAAUUUCUGAUUUGGAAAAAACAAGUUACUCAGACUCUUUGAUGAAUCUUGAUGGUGAAGAUUCGAAUUUGAUUUCAGAUAAUAAUCUGGAGUUGGAUUACUUCCCAUCUGGUUUUCCUAGCCCGUCGUUUAAGAACAGUUGGUGUUCUGAAGUUCCAUCAUCUAGUUCUAGUGUUUCUUCGUUCACUGACUUAGGAUAUCAAAAAUCAGCAUAUAGUACUUCAUCUGAGCAUGUUUCAGAAGCUAUUUCAGAAGAUUUCAAUGCUGAUGAACCACUUUUCUGGCCAUACAAAUGCAAAUUUGAUUGGAGUUCUGGGGAAUCUUGGAAAUGGUUUUGCACAUCACCUCGAAAGGAUAUACUAACUCCUUCCAACUCUGUUAUUGUAAAAUUCCCAAGGAAAAGAGUGGCACCCAAAGAAGGGUGUAGGAAAAGGCUUGUGUUCAGCUCAGGAUCAACACCUUCAAGGAGUAUGGAGUUGAAGCAAGAAGACAACAACAAAGAUGUCCACAGGAUCAAUACUGUACCCUCAAGGUUGAGCAAGUCAACAAAAAGAUCAGCGAAAAUUGUGCCCUUAGAAAUGAAAGAUGACAUUAUAGAACCAAAAGAUAGGAAACUGCCUAUUCAGAAAUUCGUUGGUGAAGAUAAUAAUUUCUCAAAAGAAGAUUUUGCAUCGAAGGAUAAGCUUUCAAUGGGAAAAGAAGAUUUUGCAUUGGAUGAAGAACUUCCAAUUGAGACAUUGUUGGGCCUCGAUGAAUUUGACGGGCAUGAGGGAGUUGAUUCUGGAUUUGAUGGAAAUGUUUUCUCACUGGAUGAGUUGCUAUGUUAAUUCGAGCACAAUUUUGUUCUGAUAGAGAUAGAGGACCCGACCAAAUCCUAAUCUACUUUUUAGAAGAUGUGUUCCAUUUCAGCCUACUAAUUUUACUGCAGACAUUUACUUUUUUUUCUAGUAGGUUUCAUAGUGUUAGCCAGAUAUACAAAUAUGAUAUAGGAAGAUAUGCAAUUUCUGUUACUUGAAAGGAGUCUCAUAAAUGUUUCAGCAAUUUAGACAUGCUUGGUGCAUGCUUUCAAAAUUGUGAAUUUGAGAUCAGUUUUUUUAUUCUGAUUGCAGUUAGUCCAA